AUGGGUGAGGAUUCAAGUUCGUCGGAGAAGGCUGAGUUACUCAGCAAACCGUGGUUUCAAGAUGCGUACAAAUCGGCCGUUGACUUUUACAAGAGGGAUGAGCAAUUGGAUGCCAGGGACAGAUUAGAGCUCUCGAAGGCCUACCAAUCGAUUGCCAGAGCGCAGUUCCUGGGGGGCUGGCUUGGCUUUUCCUGUGUGUUUUUACCACCGUUCGCAUACCGGUAUUACAAGACUAAUGCGGUCAGAGGCGUUCGUGUGCCUAGGAACUUCAUGCUGGGGUUGCUGGCGAUGUUUGUCACCACGCGUUGGGCUGGGAAGUACAUGUACUCGCGUAAGCUGGCUGGUUUGGAUCCCGAUGGGAGCCUGGCUAGUAGAAGCAGCUACGAGGAGCAUGACGAAGAAGCAACUCCCGAGUCGAAAACCAGUCUGCAAAGACAGUACGAGAUGAUGAAGCUACUUGACGGCGGGUUUCCUGCCAAAUGGGCUGCUUAUUUUUACAUGACUUACCAGAACCCUGGUAGAAGGCUUCCCAACCCUGAGGUGAAGUUGGAGCAGCUCAAGAGCGGCACCAGUGGUCGCCCAAGCUCGUUCAUGAACCAAAGAGAUCCGCUGCAGCUGUAUUCGGGCCCGGCGUUCGAUAAAAAGGACACCUGGCCGGGGUCCAACACGGCCCCCAACGGUGAAGAAGCCGCUUCAAGGUCUUCCUGGGACGCCGUCCGUCAAUCCACGAAUGCUCCCGGCUCCUCAUGGGAUAGAGUACGGCAGCACAAUGGCUCGAAGCCAAGCAGGCUACACUCCACGCCGGAAGAUCGAGACGAGAAAGAGGACGUCUUAUCUCUUGACCAUCCUACUCAGUCUGAGUUCGAUGCUCUCUUAGAGAGGGAACGAAAGGGAGAAGAUGAUGAGCUUUGA